AGUUGUCUAAUAGUGAAUUGUUUAUGAAAUUUAAGAUGCUGAAUUGCUUUUAUAUCAGACUGUUCGAAUUCUGUGGUGUCGACGGCCGUAGAGAGCGUUUAGAGAUCUGCAGCUGUAUUCAGAUAUCUCUUCUUCACGCCAACUCAACGCACUCACCACACUCAUUCAGCAGCACUAUCAAAUCAGAAACAGACCAGAAACAACCAGAAACUACACCACAUUUUCUCAUCUACCAGCACCAUCUCUCGUAGCUCUUCACAUCGCCUGUAUUGUAGAUGUCCUAUGCUAUAUCACGUGACAUAAACCCUGCACGUGACAUAUACCGCGCGCUCGUCCUCAUCUCAAAAGAUCGCAUCGCAUUCAUCGUCAGAAGCACCAGGUUUGUCAACAGUCACAACACACAGGGUCCUCAUAGAUGCAGACUCCGCAUCAGAGGCAUAAUAAUCACACACGACAAUGAUUCGACUGAAACUCAACCCCUCGGCCUCAGCAGCCGCCGCAGCCUCGCUAUCAGAGUCGUCAGAGCCCGGCACGCCAUCAUCAUCAUCUGCCGCCAACGCGAGCAAUAAGGCCGCGACCUCGACUCCGCUUCCGAAACUAAAAGUCAAGCAGCCCAAGAAGUCUAGAGCCGGAAGCGCGGCAAACACACCGACAUCCGCGACACUGCCCACGCCUCGCAUCUCCAUCAAACCGCCGCUGCCGUCAAAACCCAACGGACCCCCGCGAAAUGGACUUCCCCGGAUCCGCGUGAAACCCAUGCGGCAGCCGGGACAAGGGUAUGACUCUGAAGCGCCGGACCGCGAGGACGAUCCUCUUAUAGAGGAGUGCACGAUUUUCAGGUUUGAAAUGGAGAGUUUCCCGCGCGAGGAGCAGGUUCGACGAGAGCCGUAUCUGGAAAGACUGAGGGCGGCGAUCGAAAGCAACAGUCGAUCUGAGAUCAGUCAGGUGUGGGUUAAGUUCAAAGACGCACGGCACGCGUGUGUGGGAAUCGCGGACAAGCUCUUUUUCGCCGUGCUGGUAGAUCUACCCGCCAUCAUCGAAGCACACAAGACGCUGGACAAGAAAAACAUCUACAAAGUCUCGGAUAUCUGUCAGAUGCUUCUGAUUCUGGACGAGAUCCUGUCCGAGCACCAGGUGGUUGGGUUUAGGUCGCGAGUGUUGAACGAGGCCGAGAUGGCAAAGCCGGAGAAUAAGGGAUACAAGAAAGAAGAACUGCCUUAUCCGCAUGGAAUUACACCGCCCAUGAGAUACGCUAGACAGCGACGGUUCCGGAAGAGAAUUGUGAAGGUUGUGGAGGAACAACCAAAACCAAAAGAAAAGCCAAUCCCCAAGGUCGUUCUCAAAACAAAACUAUUCCAAGACGACACCGAAAAGACCGAAGAAAGCCCCGAGUCUCCAGCGAUCAAAGAAGACGAGCAACCGGCGACGCCCGCGCCCUCUACCCGAGAAGGCAGCGUCGCGCCAAGCGAAACAGACACAGGAUACAACAUGCUGGGCGGCUACAAUCAAGACGAAGCCACGGACGGCGGCGACGAGAUCGAGUCGCUGUUUGGCAACGAGAGCGAUGACGACGACGAAGCUGAUGACGAUGACGACGACGAGGAUGAUGAUGGCGAGCAAGGCGGGGGUAAUAACGUCGGAGACGAGGAAGCUCGCGAGGCGCUACACCAUCUGGAGUUGCUUAGAGAGGAGAUUGCAGAGCUGGAGGCUACGAUUCAGCAGAAGGAGCAGGACGCGGCAAACACUACGAACGUCAUUCUGAAGAAACGAUUUGAUGCCGUGGUUGCGAAGUUGAAGAACGAGUUGGCGCUGAAGAAAGAAGAGCUGGCGAGCGAGGACCCGAACGCUGAGGAGUAGCUCACUUACAUUAUCAUAACCGGCUGCAUUAUUUAUCUCUAUUUUGUAUUUGUUUAAUCUGCCUGGAUAUGUUUAUAAACAAUGUCGAUGGAACAAUACGAAACCCCCUAAUCAUGUAACCCACCGA